GCCCCCAAGUCAGACAUGAGGAGUCCCCCGGGCCUGGGUCGCUGAGCAGCUGAGGUAAGAGUUCAAGUGCGUGUUCCGGCAGCCAUGGCCGACAGGGAGGGGCCGCCCAUCGCCCCGGGUCAGAUCUACAUCGAGGUGGAGUACGACUAUGAGUACAAUGCCAAAGACAAGAUGGUGGCCAUCCGCCAGGGAGAGUGCUACAUGCUGGUGAAGAAGACCAAUGAGGACUGGUGGCAGGUGAGGAAGGAGGAGGGCAUGAAGGCCUUUUACGUGCCGGCGCAGUACGUCCGGGAGGUGCGCCGGGCUCUCAUGCCCCCCCAGAAGCCCACUUUGAGGGCCAAGCCCAUCGUCUUGGAUAUCUGCCGGGUGUCCAACGAAAACCUCAACAGACCCCAGCCGGAAAUGUCAAGCUUUGGGCGCCCGUCGCCUUCCUCCACCCCGUCGCCAUCCUCUGAUCGCGUCACACCGCCGGUCCUGUCCAAGGACACCAACCAUAACGUGGGGAGUCCCCUCCACUGCAAGGUGGUGGCCGAAUUGGUGCUUCUUCACAACAACAACAACCAUCACCCCGCCAACAAUUCCACGUUGCCAAGGACUCGGGCAGACUCGCCCCCGCUCAAAGUGAACAACCACGACAAAAGUCCGGACAGCGGUAAGGCCUCCCCGCCAGGCGACCUGCCGGGAGAUCGGCUGAACAAGCUCCAUAACGACUCGGAGUCUGGGGAUGAGCUGAGCAGCAGCUCAACAGAACACAUGCAGGUAAGGUGCUACUUAAAUCCUUUUAGAAAUGGCGUCCUUGUAGAAUAGAUAUCAUGCAGAGACUGCUUUAUUUUUAGCUUUCGGUCUAAAGGACCUUCAUCAGAGCAUGCAUGGUUCAGCCGAAAUGGCAGGUGUAGAAGCAAACAAAUCGCAUCCUACAAGGAUCUGCUUCAUUUGAUGCAUUUGUAAGCUUUUGCUUUCUGCAUUCUUUGCAUUCUUUAGUAGUUUAAGAGAAUAAUCUGCACACAAAUCGGUCAAUGCAUGGCAGCUCCUUGGAGACAGGAAAUUUGGAGUACAGGCUCUCUUGAGCACCGAUGGUUUUGUUCCUCUUUGUGCAUUCCUUUCCUUUCUUCCAUUCUCCCCGAUUCAUUUCCCACCAUGUGCUCAUUUUUUCCCCUCUUCGGUCGGCUGCAGAUAACCGCCCCUGUCCCCAUCAGAUUCUGCCAUAUUGGACGCAUAGAGAUUGCACGCUCUUCUCUCUUCGUCUCUUACCGAGCUGCAUUCAUUCAUCAGCCCCUACAGUGCUCUACCUCCAAACAAUUUGUGUGCCUCAUUUGCCAAAUUUGACGAAAGUGGCAACAGUUGCAGGUCCUUAUUAAAAUGCUUCUGUUGCCCUUGAAGAGUAUUUCGUCUGGCUUGUACAGAUGUGCAUAUUUUUUGGGGGGUGGGCCGUUGCACUUGGGUCAUUACAGACUAAACAGGGUGUUCCCAGUUUCACUGUUAAAUGGAGGGUUCUGUAAUUGAGUCUUCAGGUACAUUUAGUCCAAGGAAAUGCCACAAACUCAACUGCUUGGACGUGUAGUUUUGUAGCGCUACAAGAAUGCGUUCAAAGGUAUCAUCACACCAAAAACGAAUGCUUUGUGGUAGAUAAUCUCUGCAAGGGGUCUGGUAUCUGUAUCAAGUGACUAAGCGCUAUGCAGGGUACCGAACUUCCUGUCCGCCCCUGAUGAAAACGGCCAAUAAAUCCUCUCCCUCCCACUGUCCCUGCAGUCCCCAGGUUGAUAACUCGGGCCUCCUCCCACCCUCCGUGAUAUCUGUCUCAUCACUCAGAGCCAGGAGAAUGGAGGGCUGCAGGUUUAUCCUCCCUCGUCUGCAGCGGAGGUAGAUCAGAGUAGAAAAAGGAGCCACCGCUCUUCCCAGGGCCAUUUUUGGGGCGCCUGUAGCUAGGCAGGGUCAGCUUGUUUCGAAGGCUGCUUGUGUUCUUUGUUCCACAGGCUGCAGCAGCCUUCCUCCACCACCACCACCACGGAGUGAACAAAGAGAGACAGGCUUGAAUGGAAAGUAGGUCAUAUCUGCUGAGGAUCAGUCUGUAGCCCCCGGUCGCCCCGCCGUGGGGACCACUGCGCUUAGUGUGAAUGCCAUGUGUGAUGUGCCACGUGAGGGAAAAGAUAAGUAAGAAUGGAAGCACACCAACACAGCUCACAACUUCAGAGCCCCCACAUGCGGGACGACUAAAUGGUUUAUGGAUCGGAAUUGACAGACCUCCAAAAGCCCCCCCCCCCCCCCCCCAAUCAAGGAGAGAAAAGGGUUGUUUUCCGUGUUACCGCCCGCCUCUGCCGACAUUUUUUUAAAAUUAAUUUCACGCUUGUCAAAUCGCACGGGCCAAAAUAAACACAUUUCACUCUCGGCCAUUUACAUUUGCAUGGGCAGCUCUUUGGGGUGUCUUUUUGUUCGGCUACAGUCGUGCUGGAGGGGCGGAUAAGAAACAGACAGCAGACAGGAUUCAGCCUAAAACUCCCCGUCAAGCUCAGCGCCGUCUGUGGUCGCCGGGGCAGGUGGAACUGACUCCCUCGCUCUUUGCGAUGUUGUUUUAGUUUGUCCUGUUUGGCCUGUUGCCAGGCAAGUGUUAAAAAAACAUCACUUUCUUUUAUCUCCCCUACUUCCACUGGUUCCUGUCAUUGCAGGGGUGCAGACAAACUGGGCCUGAGAGAGUAGGGCGGGUCAUUUCAUAUCUUGAUAAUGAUAUAUAUCACAAUAUAGCAUGUUUAAGGUGAGGUCAAUAAAUAAAUAGUCUAUAUGAAAUGACCACAGUAAUGUAGUGCAAAAUAAAUGUUAUAAGUGAAAUUACAGAGAAACAAAUACACAAGCCAUACACUGACCGUUUACAUGCACAGACAUACAGAGUAAUACCGUUUGAUUUAACUGAGUUUAAUCAGAUUUUUGAAGAAAGUUGAGUUGUAUGUGCUCGUAUCAAUGAAUACUAGAUUCAAGAGCCAAGAACAUCUGAUUCAUCGGUUGUCUUUUUAACAAAACUGUAUCUACAGAAAGAUGAAUGAGAAUCCCCUAAAUUAAAGUAUUGGGUAAGUGUGAACAAGAUUCAGUAAGUAAUUCAGAGUAGGACUGAGCGCACAACUGGGCUGAGCAGAGGCUCUUUGUGACAAUAAACUGAACCUGAUGCGUCAAAUAGUUCCCUCAUAACGUCAUGAAACAAAGAUUCAUGUUGCCAUCUUCCCCGUUAUCCAUCCACCAGGACAGGCCACCUUCAGCCUCCCCUCCACAGAUGCAUUGAGCUGUGAGUGAAUGUGCAUAUGGAUGGAUCUGUGAGGAGGGAUUUGUCGCUGACAUGCUUCCUCUCGAGUGCCAGCUGGCCCCCCUCUUAAUUGAUUAGAUCUGAUCCCGGGGUGUCGGUUAACGCCUCUGCAUCCCUCCGCGUGUAAUUCGCUUAUCUCAGGGGCUGCAGCGAAGCGCGACGGUCCGCUCUCCCCGGCACCUCGACAGGCUGCUUUGGUUUGUGGUCACACAGCCGUCCUCCUGAAUCUUACUUAGUUACUACCCCUCCCCCCCCCCUCUCCUCUAAGAGCACUAUGCUCUUAAGGUAUUGGCAAAAUAAACCUCUUUUCCUCACUUCUCAAGAACCUGGCAGUGGCGGAGAGUGUUUAUUUCCUUGAAAGAACGUGGCAAACCAUAUGAUUUAGAAGGCUGUUUUUCACCCAGGCAUAGUGGCUUUCUCUGCGGCCGUUCGGGUUUUUUAAGACGCUGCCUUGUUGCCUAGUUUCAAAUUCAACAGCAAAACAUGACCACACAGAUCCCCAGUUGCCACAAAGACGGUUAUUUUUAAGUCUUUGGGAAUACUCGCGUCUUCUUUAGAGCGGGGAGAGUCGCGACUUGUAACGGCCCCCGUUACUUUGCCAAAGCGCAGUGACUUAAUGAGCAGAUGAAGGCUGCUCUGUGGGAUUGUGUGAGAGGCCAGAUUGUUGUCUCUCUCUGAGCUGUGUGUGUCACCGAGGGGGGAAGAUGUGGCGAGGGCCCCCGGACGCGUUUGCGUCUGUGGCUUCGUGUCCACGGAGCCAGCGAAGGGCCGCCCUGUACUCACUCACGCUCUGAUUAGAAAGACCUUGAGAGGCCUUCACCGUUUUCACACCAUCACACUCCAAACAAGGUAUCAGCCACCAAGGAGGACCCACCCCCGCCCUUUCUUUCACAACUCCAGACACAUUUAUCUUGUUAAGUAACUCCUCGUAGCACUAACGCGCGGCGCUCCGUGUUAAUAAUAAAAACCAGUAAUUCCCCGGAGAUUACAAGCUGGAUCAGUCGCUCCCCCGAAAAUAAGCUGCCUUCCUUUCCUGUUUCACAGAAAAUGUCCUGGUGAGGUCGGCUUUAAGGAUGCCCGCUGUCACAAUGACAUAACCGGCUUGUAAAUGCAUCCGCACGGAUCCUCGAAGGGUUUGGAAAACAAAAGGAAACAGCUGAGUGGAGGCCAGAGUCUGUCUGCCUUCAACCUGCUGUGUGGUCGUCCUGCUAGCUGGCGAGGAGGAGGAGGGGGGGUGGGCACAGCUAGACAGGGACAAAGUGCCAGGACCCUGAGCCCUGACAGAGCCACGGUAGUCCAUGUGGGACGGCAGAGACCUGGGGACAGGAGGCCAGACAGAUAUGUUGUCAUUUUUGGGUAAAUGCGGAGAAAAAACACCAGACGGCCGCCACGAGCGAGACGAAAGACUCGAGAGGGCGACGUUACAAGGCCGCCAUGGAUCGCUCAUCCUUUCUUUCAUGCGUGUGCUCUUUGUCUUUUGCCAAGUUGUGUGUUUGCGGACUUGUGCAACAGAGCAAAGGCUGAGAUCGCUCCAGCAGAGCGUUGAAAUAGACUGCUGCGUGGGCGUGGCUGGGACUCCUAAGGGCACUUUGAAUAUGUAUACACUCCUAGAGAGGUUUGGUGGAAUGAACUGCUGCUAUUUUGGGGCGGUGAAUCAGGUCUUUAUUGUCCAGUGACGCGGGUUUUCUCCCACGUGACGCAGAAUGUGUGUAUUGUUAAUUUGAAGGACAGCGCGGUGGCUGUUGAGGGAGCCUUUCUCUCGCACUUGAGCGUCUCGGGAAAGCUCUUAAGUUUACAGGGCAGAAACGACCUCCUGUUCCCGAACAUCCCAACGCCGCAAUAACCAGCUAAUUACAUGUCGUGCUAAAUGCAUUCUUUGCCCGCGGAGGACAAAAUAUUUAGCUGCAGAGCAAUUUCCAAAUAAGCUGAGAUCCCUUUGAAGUUAGAAGGUCCGUGCUCCUAUUACAUAAUGGCCCAGUAAAUACCACCGAGUGUGAGCAGUGCUGUAAAGUGCAACCGGGUCCCGUGUGCCGUGCCCUGUAAUUCUGGAGCUGCGCCGAGAGUCUUGCUCCCGGACCGGCUGAAGAGGAGGCCCCCCCUUGUUUUCCAGUGCAUGCUCGACAUUCCUGCCUCAGUGCCUGCACACUCGCACACAGUGAGGCAACAGGCGAGUAAGCUAAGUCAAUGAGCGCCCGCUUUCCCCUCCAAAGCGAAGCGCCGAACCCUGUCAGUAAUUUGAUAUUAAACUCCAGCAAGUUGUGCAUCCAUGUGAGAGUCUGCUACCUCUCUUCUCUUUCCUCUGUCUGCGCCUUUUGGUUUCUCUUCAACUUUUUCCUGCUCGCUCUCGCUCUUGUCUCUCGUUUUUGUUUUGCUUCCUCUUCCUUUGACGGCCUCGUAUUCACCUCUCCUCUGUCUCUCUGAAUCAUGUUGUCAGAUGUGGUCCAACUAGCUCCUCGUCCAACCUGUGACCACCAUUUUUUUUUUAUUCUUGUCUUCCCCACAUCCAUCCUGAUCCUCUGUGACACAACAAGAGGAUUAAACCCCCUCCCCUAUCCGAGGGGCUGAGCCUUCGAGACAAACCACAAGAGCUGAUGUUGACAAAUCGGGCUCGGGGGGGGGGGGGGUAUGGAGACUCAUGUCUGUUGUGUAGGGUGCAGCAUAUUUAACCCUUUAAUUCUUCCCAUGAAGUGCUGGCUGAAGGUGAGCCACGUGAAAUGGUUAACGUCCAGGAUCAAGGCGUAGAUUUCUUAGAUUUCUGAGGCGAGUAAUUUUGGAUUGAAGCAGCCAGCGAUGCCAACAACAUGUAAUGAAAUAUUCAGUGUUUACCUCCGAAUUCUAUUCUUGGCAUGUGGUUGAAAGUGGACAGUGAAACAGAAUCAGAUCAUCAUAUGAUACUCCAAUACCGAUGAAACGGUCGGAGUAGCAGCGACUUAAUGCUGCAGCAGGCAGGUCACAAAUCCCCUCCUAACUGCAAUGAUUACUCUGGCCUUCUGAAAUGAAGCUAAUAUUUAAUCACUACCAGAUAUGUGUGUUGAAGGACUCUGACACACCAGCAUUUCUACAGAACAUGUACAUUACAGACUGAAAUCACUUCAUCUCAAUGGAAUCGCUGUGAUGAGUGGAUCAGCUUGUUGAGAAUUAAUCUUUAAGCUGUAACAAAUGUGUUGAAUGCAUUUUCUUCUUCUUAAAGCCUUUGCAAAGCUGUUUUUUUUUUUUUUUUUUUUUUUUU